GUCAGUGAUUACGUCAAUUCAAUACGUCGUUUGUCGUUUAAGCUUUCAGUUUUUACCUCCAUUUUUCUUUCCGUUGAGGUCCAAAGGAAAUUGAAAUAUUUCCUUCAAAGAUCGUUUUACUUCUAUUCAGGUGGUGUCUCAAACGUGCCAGCGGAAAGAAAGACUUUUUGCCAGUUUAAAACGUUUCUUCACAUUAGUCAAAAUGUUUUGGGGACUCAUCAUGGAACCGCAAAGGCGGUAUACUCAAAAAGUUAAAAAAAGCUUUCACAUUUCAAUGGCAGCUUUGGAUUUAUCCACUUCAUCAGAAGAACCUGCUCAAGUUAUGUGUGGUUUUGAAGGAAGAAAUUAUCUUCUUUGCACACUUAGAAAACCUGAUAUGUUGCAGUGUUCAUUAGAUCUAAAUUUUGAGGUUGGUGAUGAAAUAUCUCUUGCUGCCAAUGGUAAAUGCCAUGUGCACCUCACUGGUUACUUAACAGAUGACUUGAAUGAGUUGUUGGAGGAUGAAGAGGAGGAACAGGAUGAAGAAGAAGAGGAAUCUGUACAAAAAGAAGGCAAAAAAAGCAAGAAAAGAAAUAAACAAGUCAAAGAAAAUGGACCUCCAUCAAAGAAAACUAAAGUCACAUCUGUUGAAGAGAAUGAGGAAGAUGAGUCAGAGGAUGAUGAUGACAGUGAUAUUGAUGUCAAAGCACUUUUAGGGAAAUCACUUGAUGAUGAUGAAGAUGAUGACAGUUAUGCAUCAGAUGAAGAAGAUGAUGAUCAGGAGGGUGAAGAAGAAGAAGAUAGUGAUGAUUCAGAAGAGGAAGAGGAUGAAAGUUCCCUGAGUGAGGAAGAUAGUGGUGAGGAAGUUAUAGUGGGCAAAAGAAAGUCCAGCAAAAUGAAUGGCACAGCCACAAUUCAAGAGCAAGCUUCUCCCAAAGUGGAGCCAGUUCAGAAGCUCAGUAAGAAGGAGAAAAAGAAGAACAAACAACAGCAAGAACAGCAACAGCAGCAGAAUGAGGUGAAGACUCCCAAUAAGGAAAGCCAAUCACCCAAGAAGAAAAGUCUACAAGGUGGAGUUGUAAUUGAUGAAUUGAGGGAAGGAAGUGGACCUCCAGCAAAACCUGGAAAAUUUGUCAAUGUGUAUUAUGAAGGUAGACUGAAACACAACAACAAAGUAUUCGAUUCUACAAACAAAGGAGCCGGCUUCAGCUUCAGAUUAGGCAGUGGAGAAGUCAUCAAAGGAUGGGACGUGGGGGUAGUCGGCAUGAAAGUCGGCGGGAAAAGGAGGAUAACAUGUCCUCCUGCUAUGGCAUAUGGUCAAAAGGGUUCUCCCCCCACUAUUCCAGCAAAUUCUACUCUUGUGUUUGAGGUGGAACUCAAAAAAGUUCGUUGAAAUAUUACUGAUGAAUAGAACUUUUGUUAUCUUUUUGCAUUAGGUUUAUAUUUUGUAUCAUGUCUCACAAAUUGUUCAUUUUGACUGUUUUUCCUCCAUUUGUGUCCUAGGAGUCUUUAAGAAAUAUUUACUUGAUAAGUUUUUUUAAUCUAAAAAUUGUUAUAAUAAACAUAUUUUUCUUAAGAUAA